UGCAGUCAUCCAUAUGGACUAUCUUCUUUAACAAACCCUCAUCAACAAGGAGAGAACCAUGCUGAUAUGGACCUCGUCAAAGCCUUAAAGUCCACCAAUAUUCGUGUUCCAUUAUACUACUAAGACCUCCACCAUGGCAGAGAACUGGAUGACAUUAUGUGGAUAUCUCCAGUACCGGCCUGGUGGUACUCUAGGAAAGCUACGAGGAAGGAGAAAACACUGGUAUGUAUUUGAUGAAAGCAAGUGUCAGCUGCUCUACUACAAGACAGAGUCUGUUGCCCUCACCCACCCUCCGUCUGGGUCUAUUGACAUAACGCACGCUGCCAUCUCCUUCAAACUGGACAACAAGAACCAGUUUGUACUCAACAUUGGUGGGAAGGAGCAUGUGUUUACUGCAGAAAGUCAUGAGAGCACCAUGCGAUGGGUCAAUGGCCUUCAGUCCAAGCGGGAUGCCUACACUGGAAAGGUGAAGAAGAACACAGCACGAGAGGAGAGACAGAGGAAACGGUCCAGACAACGCUCUCUUACCAUGGUCCCUCAGAUCGGGAGUCCCUCUAAGACUGGUCUAGCUGCAGUGUCCCUGGAGAGAAGACUUAGCCAGAGUCUUAGUCAGAGUCUGGACCUUCUUCCUCGACAGACAGGAGACUGGAAACCCUCCCGCCCUCCUCACAGGUCCCAAAGCCUGAGAGAAGACAAGGUCCGUAUUCUGCAGAAGAAGCUGGGAGAACCGUCCAGCCUCUCUCACCUGUUUGCUGAUCUACAGAUCUGUGCAGACAAUGGACCGUUCCGAAACUUCCGGCUGCCCCAGGACUCCCCGGUGACUCCGCCCCUGGCCAUCCAGAGGAACUUCACCUUCCCCCUGGUCGCCGGGUCACCCACGGAGUCACGCCUGUCCACUUCUCCUGCCUCCUUCUUACUGGAGGAGUCCAGCGAUGAGGACACCAAGUCUGACAGUGAAGAAAGCGGCUGCAAGAGACACAGUAAUGGGUCUUAUGUUUAUGUGUUACUAGACAAUACAGAUUCCCAACCGUCCACUCCCAUCAAGACAAGAGUACUGAGGAGACUCAACUCAGAUGCUGAACUCAAGAUCUCUGACCUGCUACGCAGUGACGAAUAUCAACCCAGCCAUCUGAGGUCGUACUCAGACUGCUCUACAGACGACAAGGACGCCGGGGCAGUCGACAUUAACCAGAAACUACAGCAGCUACAGAAGGAACUAAUGUCGACCAAAAAGGAGCUUGCCCGUGUUCUAAACCGUGAGAACAGCUACAAGGAGAUCCUGAACUGUCGAGACGAGCGCAUCAUGGAACUAGAGGAUCAGCUGGAACUCCUGCAGAGGAAAAAACUGACGGAAGAUGACAGUAUGUCUAGUGAAGAGACGGCCCAGCUACAGAAGUACGCUGCCCUGAUGCAGGAGAAGUGUCGCAUCCUACAGGACCAGAACACUUUCCUCAACGGGGAGGUGCACAAACUGUCCCGCCUACGUCAGCAGGAGCAGCUCAAGUCACGACAACAGCACGCGAAGAUUCGGAGUAUGGAAGCCCAGUUGGAUGAGUACAAGAGAGACUACAUCUACCUACUCCAGGGGUGUAUCCACCUUCCUCCUGAGGACCCAUUUGAUUCUAUGGAGAUCAGGGCAUAUGGAGGAGACAAGCACUAUGAAAGGUUGGAGGCCAUGUUAGAAGAAGCAAGAACCAUCAACCCAACACUACCAACAUUUGACAGGUCAGGCAAGGUUGCUACCCACACAGACAGCUAUGGUUUCAUCAUCACUCUGCACAACGAGGCUAUCCAGCUCCACUACAUCUGCAGGCAGCUGACACAGCAUUACAGGUCACAGAUAAAGAGUUAUGAGAAGCACCAGACCCAGUGGACAGACUAUCUCAAGGCACACAGGCAGGACCUGCAAAAAACUAAAGAGUUGAAGGCCUUGGUGAGAGAAGGUAUCCCUGACCAGUACCGCAGUGAGGUAUGGCAGAAGUUUGUCCACCUACAAACACAGGACAUCCAGGAACAAAAGGGUCCAGGGUAUUAUGAUGACCUGGUAACACUGUCAGAGCAGUCUGUGAUAGUGUCCCAGCAUAGAAAGCAGAUAGAGCUGGACCUCCUCAGGACCAUGCCAUGUAACGAACACUUCAACCAACUGGACGCUGAUGGGAUCAGCAAACUGAGAAAUGUCCUCCAAGCGUACUGUCUACACAACCCCAACAUCGGAUACUGUCAGGGACUCAACUUCAUGGUUGGCAUGAGUCUGCUCUUUCUGGAGGAGGAGGACGCCUUCUGGUUGCUUGUAGCGGUGACAGAGAAGUACUUCAGUAAUAACUACUUUGAUAAGAACCUGGUGGGAGCUCAGGCAGACCAGGAGGUGCUGAAGGAGCUGGUGACUGAGAUCAUGCCACAUCUACAGGAACAUCUGGAACUGCUGGGCAUCCUCCUGUCUACUGUCACACUCAACUGGUUCCUCGCUCUCUUCUUCGACUCUGUGCCGUUUGAGACCCUGCUGCGAAUCUGGGACUGUUUUCUGCUGGAGGGUCCAAAGGUUCUGUUCCGGUUCUCGCUGGCCAUCCUGAAGCUGCACGAGGAGGCUAUCCUGUCCCGCGAGGACAGCCUGUCUGUCAUGAAGUACAUGAAGACCAUGGCCAAGGUCACGUACGACGUGGAGGGACUUACUCUGAUUGCGUUUGAAGGCCUGCAGCCAUUCCCUCGUCGAGCCAACAUCCAGACCAAACAGGCGUACUACAAACAGUCCAUCAAAGACUCCUUCUCACGGCAGGAGAAGUACAGGGAGGCAGAGGACGAGAGAGAGAAACUGUUGGAACAGAUGCGUCAGCUGGAACGCUCCAUGGGAGAGGGUCAGCUCAUGGUGGAGUGUGCUGCUGUCACUACACAGGGUAAGGCAUGGAUGUGUGCCUGUGAACACAACAGUGCUGAGAUCUGUGAGGUGGAUACAGACUCUUGUACCAUGCAGAAUCUCGACAUCUUGGUUGACUCCCGUGUGAUGUGUUGCCAUGGCCUGCUGUUGGACAGUGGUGGAACUGUACUGGUCGGCACUCUCAACUCUCAUCUGUAUGCAUACAGCACUAGUACAAAGUUGGAGGUGUGGAGAAUGAAGCUGAAUGACACAGUACUGGAUCUGGCAGUUCCCCCUUCAAACACCCAUGUGUACGCUGCACUUGCGGAUGGGCACGUUGCAGUUAUUGAGGACAUGGGUGCCCAGGGUCCAGUCACAGAACCAGUGUACAUCCCUGUGGGCAGGCACCCUGUCACCUGUGUAGCCUUAGUGGACGACCAGCUCUGGUGUACAUGUGGCAACAGGGUGGCUGUCCUCAACACCAAUUCCCUGGACUCCCUGGUGGUGUUCCAAGUGUCCCUGGAUGGAAGCGACCACAUCUCCCACCUGAGGAGGGGGGAGCAGGGUGUGUGGGUGUCCCUCCGGGGAUCGUCCAUUGUUGAACUGUGGGACACGCAGACCUUCACCUGCUCCAUCCUGUACGACGUCAGCUCCAACUCUCACACCACAUCCAAAAAUUGGGAGGAGUGCCAUUUCAAUAGGUCAAGGGUCACAGCAAUCCUCUCCCACCGGAGGGAAUUGUGGGUAGGGACGGGUGCGGGUGAUGUCAUCGUUUAUGAUGUCGUUGACCCCGAGGUCACGCCUGCCCAGGACCAGUCUGGCAAGCAGCGCCUUGGAGACGACACGGUCUGCCAAGCCAGCCUCGCUAGACGCCGCAUCUCUAGCACAAGACGCUUCUCAAACGAAGAACUGUUGAACAGCUUUUCGGAGGAACUAGAGUUGGGAAGCGAAGCCAUCAGUGGGUGGUCAUUGGGCGGUGCCGACGUGAAUGUCAACCACACACAAAUUGAUGAGGUCAGCAGAAAUGGUGAUGCAGAGUGCACGCAAGCUGAUGAUGUCGACAAAAGCGUUGCCUGUGAGGAACCGAGUGCAAUAUAUAGGGAACCGACUACCGAAGAAUCCAGCAUUCUAGCGCAGCUUUUGAAAGAAGCGAACUUGACCGUUGAGUGCAACGGGUCUUUGAGUCCUGCAAAGGAAGCAAGAACCUCGGAAACGAAUCCGAAUCCUAACAGGCUGAGCCAAGCGUUCUCAGAAACGGAGUCUUCGCUCUCCUCCCAGAGGAACAGUAGAACUUACUCCACUUCUAGUGGGUACGGAACAAACGAUAACGGCUUCCUCCAGUUCACGCUUGACCCUGAGCCGGACGACUCACCGGAUGUCUCCAACGGCCCCAGCAGUAAAGAUGACGCCCCCAGCGCUCCUGUUGUCCCCUCCACUGUACGCAGGAUGUCCACGAUUGAACAAGUGCCGCUGGAAAUGACUCCCCUUGGAACCGAGGACGAUGAAGACGAUGACUUCUGCGAUGACAUUCCAGCCGGCGAUUUCAAACACAAAGGGCCUGUGAACUUCAACAUGACUCACGAGCAGACCAACCACGUCGACGAACAGGACAGUUUCAGGACGAGCCCUACCGGAAGAAGGAAGAGCACUGGUCAUUUGGAGUCGGGAACGAACGAUACAGAGUCUGUCCAGGACAAUGUCCGACGGACCUCCCUAAUGGAUUUGUGGUCAGGUCAGAGUACGUCUGCGGAUUCCGCUCAAAAGCAGCCUGUAAGCUACACGAUGCUACGUUCUUCAUAUGACGGUCCCGUGGGUUCCGACGGGAAACCAGAGAGAGCUACGGAACUGUCCGCCAUCCCCUACCACAUGCGGAACAAGAGCAUGAACUCUAGCCGGGGGUCGUGGUGCAUCAUCGACGAACCGGACAACGAGCCGCCGGCGCCGGUUCCGCUCGGAGACCAGGCGGUGGUGGAUUACUACACAGGGGAGAGUAAAGACCGGCUGAGCGUGGAGGCCUCCAGGGAAAGUUCUGUGUUCUCCAGCAGGGAGGAUCUCAGCUUCCAGUAUGACUUGAGAUUGAAAAGCAAGACGAGAGUGUCAGACCGACCUAUCCGAGCACUGGUAGUAGUAAGUGGUGACCAGGAAGACACAGUGAUCCUCAGUUGUUCAGGAAGCCUGGGGGAACAGUGUAUUGUGUUGAAGUGGACACAGCAGAAUCAGGUCUGGACUAGUGAAACUGUUAGAGAGGUCCCUCCACUCUUCAACAAGACAACCACGACUGUUACAACUUCAGCGGUGGACGAAUCAAACCAACAUUUCUCCAGCACUUCUGGGGACCAUCUGGAACAGGAGAUCACUCUCUUGUGAUCGGAGAUGAUUCGACAUAACAUGUAAAGACCCUGUCACACAUUCAGAACCCUCUCCCGACCACCAACCAACCAACGUUGGCUGAAGUUUG